AUGGAGCAUCAAAUACCGUCAGUUUCCAGCAAAUCCGGCAUGCACUCCCCGCCAACGGCUAACGACCACUUCUACGUGGCCUUCAAAGCACUCGUUGAUCUUAAAAAGUCAGACGUCCUAUUUCCAGAUGACAUUUUCUUCCUGUACCGUGGUGUUUUCAUAACCUAUUCAAGCACCCUCGUCGUCAAUACCUGCACGUUGUGUACUACAGACGAGGAAGCUGUGGGAUUUCAUUUCGCAGCCCAACAGUUCCCUUUUGAAGGUAAAUGGGGAGGCGAUGAGAGUGAGGGAGGAGGAGGAGGAGGUGGUGGUGGGAUUAGGUGGUGA